AUGACAACCUCUACUGAUCCCUCCCCGGAGGGGGCGGCGGUGACGGAAAAUGAAGGUCAACAACAACAACAAAGCAAUACAUUGCCUUCUAAUGAGAACCGCGAAGAACAACCAAAUAAUGAUGCGGCUGAAAGAGAUGUCGACACCCAAACCCUACCAGACUAUUCUCGGCAUGCCGGUGGUCCUCCAUCCUAUGCGCGGGUGGAACGCAAUGACCAACUUCGACAGGAAUCUCUAAAAGCCUUUGUCGAGAGUAAGAUGUAUACCCAGGACACUUUUGGCGGACACAAGGGUAUUGCCACCGGGCCACCAAAUGAUCCUGCCAAACCGUUUCGAUGGAUUCAGAGAAAAUUGAAGGGCGAGAAAGGCGUCUGGAAGAAGUUGUCAGAGGAGGAGAGGAGGAAGUGGGAAGAAGAAGGAGGCGACGUCGAUUAUGAUGCUGGGGAAGUGGCGAUAGGGGAUAUGAAUACGUCUAAGAUUGCAUGA